GGUGUCUAUUGUUAAUAAAGUAUAUAAUCAUAUAAUACUAUUGUUUUUUUAUUCUUGUCUAUUGUCCAUAAUAUAACUAAAACAAUAAAAGUUAUGUUAUUUAAUAUCUACAUAUAGAUCACCAUGGAUAUGUGUAGAGCUUGUUUACUUGCUGAAAGCGAAUUGUUUAAAAUAGACGAAACUUUCAUAAUAAAUUACAAUUCACUCACGAAUCUCAACAUCACUUUAAAUGAUGGGAUGCCACAGUGCUUUUGUCAAAAUUGCAUCAAUGUGGUAAAAUUAUUCAUAGAAUUCAGAGAGAAAUCCAUUUUGUCUGAGAAUACAUUAAGGGAUCUUGUACAGGAUAUAAAAGAUGACAAAAUUGUAUCAAAUUUCACACAAAAUCAAUUUAAACCAAAUGCUGACAAUUGCUAUAUUGACGACCAACAGUAUGACAUGAAGGAGGAAUUUGAUGCUGAUGAAGGACUUGAGGAAUCAUUUCAAGAAUUGGAAGAUGUGAAGUUUAUUAUUGAGCCUGAAAAACGUAAAACUACGUAUAAAGUACCAAGAAUAAGAAAUAAAGUAAUCGAAGGGAAGAGAAAUGAAAAGAAACAACUCUCCAGUCGAACUAUCAAAAAAGUACCAAGGAAAAAGGCAAUGAAAGAAAUGAAAACGAAAAUGAAAUCAGCUAUAUUAUCCUGUGGUAUGUGUGAAAAACAAUAUGUAGACAAUAUUGAGCUGCUUAAACAUUUGGAAAGCCAUAUUAAUAGUAAUCAAUGUGACAUAUGCUUUGAAAAGUUUAUCUGUUGGCCACAGCUCUUUAGUCAUCGACUUUUACAUUUGCCCGAAAAUAAAGGUACAUGUCAUUUAUGUGGCAAAAGAUAUACAACAACUACAUAUUUGGAGCAUCAUUACAGAAAAUUACAUUAUAGUGGAGAGACUACGCUGCAGUGCAACCAAUGUAAACGUAGUUAUGAUACACCACGAAAAUUAAGGAGUCAUAUACGGAGUAUUCAUUCAGAAGUAAAAUAUAUAUGUGAUUAUUGUUCCAAAAGAUUUAUUGAGAAAAGUAGUCUGAAGAGUCAUAUUCGAUGCCAUAGUGAGAAAAAGACUUAUGUAUGCCGCUUAUGUGACUUUUCUUGCAAAUAUAGUACUGGUUUAAAGAGUCAUUUUAUAAGAAGACAUGCUACUGAGAAAGCAACAUGUAAGCAGUGUCAAAGACCAUUCGAGAACCAGAAAAAGUUAGAUGCACACAUUUGUAGAGUUCGCGUUCACAUAUGCCCUGUAUGUGGAAAAGAAUUCAAAUUAUCAAAUUUGUACCAUCGCCACUUGAGCACUCACAGAGAAGCAGCUCCAUAUAAAUGCGAUCGUUGCCCAUCUAUAUAUAAAAGUCGGGUAGCUUUGAGGAUACAUAUGGACAGACAUAAUGGAAAUCGUACGCAUCAAUGUGAAUAUUGUCCAGCAAAGUUUUAUACUGCUAAUGUACUUGUUAAACAUCGCCGCACUCAUACAGGAGAAAGGCCGUUUGUAUGCAAAAUUUGUGGCAAAGCUUUCACGGGAAGCCAUAACCUCAAGUUGCAUAUGAGAGUACAUGGUGAAAACUUGAUUGUAAAAAGAAAUAAAAACGAGGAAAAAACUAAGUAA